AAGUCACACUUCAACUGGAAGGUGGAUGACGUGAACUACCAUAUUCUGAGGACUGGAUGUUGGCCUUAUAUCAAGUACCACUGCUCCCAGCGACCCUAUCAAGACCUCUCCACUGAUGACAAGUUCUUCCGGGCGUUGAAGGUCUCCCUUGCCUGGCCUAUGGCUUUGGUGCUUCUUUGCUCAUCAGCUUCCAGGAAGACGUGAAGACCCCUGAGGGAACAGUCACCAUAUAUUUUCUCUACGAAGAAGAUCGGGGAGCUAGGCAUUGAUGUCUGAAGGAAGUCACUGGAACGAAGUCAGUAUUAACUUUAUUGUUACUGGACAAGACACAUAAGUAGUCACAAGUAGCAGCAGACACCCAUCAUCAGCACCAUGGCCAAGCUGAUCAACUAUGCCCCAGAGGCGUGGAACCACCUCCACGGGGUGUUCUGUGUGUACAAGCCUGUCGACAUGUCUGUCAGGUUCAUGAGGAAUGUCAUUGUGGGAAACCUUUGUCGGGACCUGAAUGAACUGCAGCCAAGACACGUGCCUCCCAUUGUGGCUAUUGAAGGAAGCAUCAGUGAGGGUCUGGUGGUGAAGGAGAAGGAAAACUUUGCUGCACAUGAACUGGUGUUGGGACCGCACUACCAGCCGAAGGACCUGCGUGUCUCCUGGGCUCAGUACCUCCACAAGGAUGUGUCAGGUGUGUGCAUCAUGGGUGUGAACCGUGGCUGCAAGGGCACCCACCUUGUGCGUGAGAGUCGACUCAUUCGCACGUACAUGGUGUCCGGCAAGUUUGGUUAUGCCACGGACAAUCUCUUUCAUACAGGCAAGGUUGUGGAGAAGUCCAGAUUUGCUCACGUCACAAAAGGCAAGAUUGUCCGAGCCCUGAUGAGCAUUCAGGCAGCUCACCAGCGAGCCUCUAUGGAGUUUCUGGGUCUAGAUAUUCAUUCCCAGGAGGCUUAUGAGGCAUUGUCCUGCACUGGGCUUGUGAGGCCAGAAGAGAAUUCUAGUCCUAUUCUGUAUGCACUCAGUGUUAAGGAGUUCAACCCUCCAGAUUUUACCCUGGAGGUGUCAAGCAUCAACGAGACUGGUGACUACCUCAAAGAACUAAUUCACUCGCUGGGCAUCAAGCUGAAGACCAAUGCAGUGUGUACACAGCUGCGGUGUGUGCGCUACGGACCCUGGACUCUUGGCCACGCUCUCCUCCGCAAGCAUUGGUCACUGGAGCACAUAGUGAACAACAUUGGCCAGUCCUAUCCACUGCUGAACAACAUCACCCCAAAGUCCCCCAGUCUGGCUUCCCUGGAGGAGAAUGAGCACAUGAUGGCAACCCUCACCUUCACUUCAGAAGGCUGAGGGAGUGAUGAAUGUUGUCAUUGGUCUGGUAUCAACUUGACUUCGCAUGCAUUUGUCCUCACUUCACAGCCCCAUCAAGAUGUGCUUCUUCCCUUACACUGAGAGGACAGAGAAAGUAGCUCACCUAAGAAAUUAUAGUCUGUAUUCAACAAAUUCAACAGCAGCUUGAGUUUCCCUGCAGCAACUGAAUCAGCAUCCAGCCUGCCCAGGACACACUCCUUCCAGCAUUUUUCAUCUUCAGUAGUGGAAGGGGGUGUCCUGGGUAGGCUGGAUGCUGCAGAGAGACUCAAGCUGCUGUUGAAUCCAGACCAGUUUUAGCAGUCACUCUUACUGUCCUCUUCAGAGUGUGGGAGGGGCAGGCAUCCAGGCUGGGCCAAUUGCUGUACUUGGAGGCUGUUGAUGUACUACUCCUUUGUCCUCCUCAGUAGUGAGCUAGGGAGGCCAGGACAGGUAGAUCACUGGCUUUGAUGGCACUUCCAUAGCAGACUUCUCUGCAAGAAAUGGGAAGUCAUAGACUUACAAUAAUCUUUAAUAAAUUUUGUGCAUACGAAAUCAAAGGUAAAAAGAAGAUACUUAAAAAUUUUAUAAGGGGAAUCUUGUACAUACCAAAUCAAAGAUAAAAAAGAUGAUUCAUAUAUGAACUACUUUAUAAUAAUGAUAUACCUUCUGUAUCACAGUAAUUGUUGCUUCAUUAUCAAAAGUAUUGAAGCUUCAGUAGCAGAUCAAGAAUUCAGAGAAAAAAGCCCUUAUGUUUGUUCCUUGGUUGUUCACUUGAUUUGCCUUCUUAAACUUGUCACUUUUCCUUAACAUUGUGUCAAGGGAGUUCUGGAUGAUAUUUUUAAUAAAAAAAGGGUCCUUAUGUCAUAAAUAUGUAUAAUAAAUUGUAUACAGCUUCUAAUUUCCUAGCUGUGACAAAGAACUGCAUCAGGCAGGUUAGGCCAACUACCAGUAUGAAUUUUUUUCAUUAUGCUUGAACACAAACAAUAAUAUCAGCAAUCUGAUUUGGACUAGUUUCCUGUAUGCAGUUCUGUGAUUUGAGGUAGUACAAGAGAAUAAAUAAGUUGUUACCAGAGCAACACCACAUAUUGCUCCCUCAACCAUCUGGUCAUACCGAAGGUGACUACUGGCUGUGUGUGCUGUGAGGCAUAGACAGCCAACAUGCACUUGUUUGUUUGAGUAGCAUACCACUCUAAAAUUGGAGUGAUAAGUAUUUUGGCCACAUGAGCAGAUAGCAAUGACUCCUGUGGCUGCUAUUGAGGGACAGGUUUGUGGGGACCUGUAGCAUGGCACUAUCUUCAACACAGCGAGAAUAUUUCAAACUAUGAUAACUAUCUAAAAAAAAUUAAAAAAAUUAUUAGAAAACAUGCUGAUGUAAACUAAAAAAAAUUAAAAAAAUUAUUAGAAAACAUGCUGAUGUAAACUGAAUUGCCAGAGAUGCCUUUCAUUUUUCAUAUUUUAGUUCCUAUGGAAUGAGUGUAAGUGACUUUUGUAUCUGUAUAUAUAAACUGACCACGUGCUA